UGCCUCGCCAAGCAAGACGGGUCAAUCUGGUGCCAUCUUGUUACCAUCUCCUGAUUUCGAGCCCCUCCAUGUCAGUCAAGUUAAAAACAGAUGCACAACAUGAUCUGUCACAUGACAUCACAGACAGGAAGUUUACAAACAGCCGAUACGUCAUCGGUGCAUACGAGUGUUCUGAUGCAAAACGCCAACAUUGAUUCAGUAUUCCAGAGAGGCAGGACAAUCCAGAACAUCCUCAGCGCCAAUGGCGCGCCCCCUACAUCUAAAAAAGAAGACCCAGCUGGAGCCGUAUAUCACAUACAAUGUGACUGUGGCGACUCCUAUGUAGGAGAAACAUCCAGGCCCCUACCCAUUAGAAUAAAAGAACACAAGACCUCAGUACAAAAAAAUGACUCAAAAUCAACCAUCUCCGACCACACCCAAACCCACCCCGAUCACAACAUCCAGUGGAACAACAUCAAGAUCCUGGCCAACAACCAAUCAGAUGUAGGGGGCUUGCCAUUGGCGCUGAGGAUGUUCUGGAUUGUCCUGCCUCUCUGGAAUACUGAAUCAAUGUUGGCGUGGUGUUUGAGCAGUCUGCGGAUCUGGUGGCUGGCUGUUCCUAUGUAGGGAAGACUGAUGA